UGAUUUCAAAAACUUUGUCAACACCUCUCAGCUGAUUGUGUUCUUGGAGGAUAAAGCUAAUCUGGAGCUCUUUAACAACGCAGCGAUCCCACAAGAUGUAACAGACUACUACAUCUUGCAGCUUUAUGAGUUCUACCCAUCCUUUGGACUCAUGAUGCUCCCAGGCUCUUUACUCUGCUCGCCUGACAUCCCAAGCUCCUUAUUUACUUCUCUUAGUGAGAACGAUACGAUGGCCAUCUUGGACAAGCUGAAGACAUUCUGCAACAGCACAGAGAAUCCUGAGAGAUCUGCAGCUCUGGCGUCCAACAUCAAGGUCUUCACAGCGCAAACGUUUGAAGACCUUGGAAAUGCGUCUUCUGGCCUGACAAACAGCCAGAUCCUGUCUGUGUCGCCUGAGGUGCUGGUUUUGUCUUUGUCCAUCCUGAGCUCAGUGAACACCUGGGGACAGGACCAGGCCAGCAACAUCAUCCACCGCAUCACCUCCUCAAGCUUUCAGAUCAACAGCGCAGCCUCUCUGGAGUCUCUGGGGACUCUUAUCAUUGGAGUUCCUUCAAAGUCAAUCAACAAUAUCUCAGCUUCUGAAGUACUCAGCGCGUCCAAGAACCCAACGCUUGUUUCCAACAUGCUGGAAGCCCCGAAGGUUGUCCAGGAGGCUUUUGUCAAAAAGAUCAUUUCUGUGGACUCCAGUCCAGCCAAAGUGGUGGAGAACGUCCCUGAUGCCUUAGCAAUGGAGAUCCCACCCUCCCUGCUGCUGUUUCCUGAGGGAACAGCCAACAUCACUGCGAUAAACAAGAAGACGUGGACCGCAGAUCAGGCCACCAUGUUUUUUGCGACGCUGGCUGAGGCAGAUUUUGACACUGAGCAACUUUCUCCAUUUGUGCUGCAAGGCUUCACAUGCGGCACGGUUAAGAAAAUGAGUAAAGCCCAAAUCAGUCAGUUGAUCCACGCCUGCAGGCCGAGGAAAGGCAGGGCUAAGGUGGAGCUGAAGGAACCUCAGCUGACCUGCAUGUACAACCUGAUCCGUGACGACCUCUCUCAGAACUUCACAGAUUAUCCUCCAGACAUGCUUCUCUACUUGGACUCCAAAAAUGUCCAGAAAGCAAACUGCAGGUCCUACUUCUCUGCCCUGGGUGCCGCAGACUUCUCUGUGGCCUCCAGCAUCUUGAACAAGGGCCCACAGAAGUUCAGGGAAGCUAGAGACUGCUUGGGGAUCAGUGGCAACAGCCUGAGCAGAGACAAUGUGGAGGUCCUGGGGAACAUGGUCUGCACUCUGAAUAGAUCCGACAUUGAGAACUCAGAUCCUCUCAUCCUGGAAAACCUCAAAGCCUGCAAAGACCUCUCUGCCAGCCAGGUGGCUGCUAUGGAAACACUGCUGCUGUCUGGGAAAACACAAUACGGAGCUGUAAACAGCUGGGACCAACAGACACUAGAGGGGCUGGGAACACUUCCUUUGUAUUUAACAAGAAACAUCUGGACACAUUUCACAGCUGCAACACAGAAAAGAUUCCUUAAGGGUUUCAUGCCUGACCUAAGGAUACAAAAAACACAGAAGUGGAAGCUCAAGAACCUGUUUUCACAGCUCACCCCUACAGCAGCAAAACGAGAAGCAGGAUGCAGCGAGGGGAACAUCACCCAGGUGACCGUCAGCGACCCUUCCUUCCCCUUUGGCUACAAUCAGCUGCAGUUUCAACUCUGCCUGGACGUUCCCAUUCUGAAAGACAACCUCUACUCCAUCUGCCAGAAAGUGGAUGAUGAUGGUUAUAAAAGGAUCAUCCUCAAUAAACUCAACCAGGCAUUCCCAUCUGGAGUUCCUGAUCAGGAAGUACAGAUGCUUGCUUCAGUCUCUCGCUCAGCAACACUUGAUGACAUCUCUAAGUGGAACAUCACUGAACUGGAUACCUUGGCAGCUCUGAUGAAACCUGAAGAUGGAACAUGGGAGACGGCACAGAGCAAAGCAAUCAUCACCAAGAACCUGAAUACCUCUGGAAAUUCACUGGGCAGCAGUGAACUGAACAUUAUUGACUCCAACCUGUGCUCACUGGACACCAGCACAUUAGAGACCAUCACAGCAGACAGUAUCAGAAAUACAAAGCUUCUAGAUGUGGCAUCAUGUUCAACUGAGCAGAAGAGAGUCCUCUACGAGAUCAGCAACACCUCCUUCAGCGUCCAUCGUGAUAAUCCGAUUAACUUUUUUAACCUGGUUAAAGGCUAUCUAGGUGGAGCAUCUCUGGUUGAUAUAAUAUCUUUGUCAAAACAAAAUAUAAGCAUGGAUGUGAAAACCUUCAUGAAACUAAACAUCAGUGUUAUAACUGAUUUAACUGUUUCCAACGUCCAGAAACUCAUGGGGGAAAAUUUACCGGACCUAAAGUUGUUUGAGAACGACACUGUGAUUCAGAUGUGGGUAAACUUGCAACAACAGUCGGAUCUAGACAGAAUGGGUAUUGGUCUAUCUACCAACAGCACGAUCCCUCCAACUACAAUGCCCACCCAGGAAACUAGUUUAACAAGUACUGGAACUGCAACUGGAACACGUUCUGACACACAAACAAAAACAUCCCUAACCACUUCUGACAUACCAGCACUUACUACCACAUACAGUUCAACCAUUCAUACUGUAAGCAGCUCAUGGAGGACAACUAACACUGCAACCAGUGCUGGAACAUCAACAGGUAAUUCUGUGGCUACUGUUGGAACAACAACCGUGAGUGCUGAGUCUCCUCCUUUCACAACAAGAGCAAAAGUUUCAAGUAGUACUGGAACUUCAACACAAGAUGCUGGAACAAUCACAAUGUUAGAAACAACUGUUGGAACGAGUUCCUUGAUAUCAAACCCUAAACCUGAAACAAGUGCUAGAACUUCAACAGGAGAUGCUUUGGCCAGUGCUAUGACAACAGUAGACUCCGAAAACAGUGUUCUCACAGCAACAACAAACUUAGCAAAUGCUGCAACAUCAUCAUCAACAGGUGGUCCAACUGAUUCUUUGACAUCUCCAGAUUCUGAAUCUACCACUAGCACAACAAUGCCUUUUCCUACAACCAGUUCUGGAACAAUGAUGCCACAAGUUACAACUACGAGUGGGAUGUCAACAACUACUGCAGCCACAGGAAGUGAGACUCAGACCACUCUCACAAUCAGUGCUACCACAACAACAAAACAAACUUUAACCAGUACCAGUUCAGAACUAUCAAACACUGCAACCAGCCCUGUUACCCCAGAGCCUCUAACUGAAGGCAAGAGCAGUACAACAUCAACACCAGAUGCCACAACAACCUCUGAGACAGCAACAGCAGAUGUUUCACUUGGUACACCAACAAAAAGCCUCACUGACUCUGAAAUGCCAACCUUAGGUACCAGUAACAGUCCUGGGUCAGCAUUAUCAUCUCCUGGCACUACUACUGUGACCCAGUCUUCCAACUACACACAGAACCUGACAUUGGCCUUUCUUGAGGCUGUGCUGGAUAAAAAUUUCUCCAUGUCGGCUGUUAGUGAUGAGGAUUUCCUGCUAUGGCUUAGGCUGCAACUCAGACCUUUGCUGGUCAAUCUCUCUCCAGCUAUGGUUAUUCACCUCUUUGGUAUUGUGAAAAACAGGAGCUGCAACAGCAGCCAAGAGAUGAUUUCAGUGCUUGAAACUGUGCAGAUGACACUCAGCGACGAAACCAAGGCAGAGAUCUACAAAAAUAUGAUCCUCUUCCUCCAAGAUCAAACGCCACUAAAGUGUUACAGUGGUGGAAGCUUUUACAUCUUCCUGAAGAACAACUUCCUCAGCUUUGGCUUUCCUGAUGUCCCGUCAUUCAUCUCUCUUCUUCCACCAACACGCAAAUCAGAGCUCCUAAAUACCAUUAGCACCUCAGAACUGCGUCAGUUCCUCAUUCAGCCGGGCGCAAUCAGUAACAGUUCAGGCAUCUGCAUCAUUUUCAGCAACUACAACAACACUCCUUCCUUCCUAGAAAACGAGGACGUCCCAGAUGAUGUGAGGAGGAUCAUCCUUCCCUGUGUUUGGCCUUUGGCUCUGAGCAGCAACAGAAGAUCUGAGGUUGAUCUGUGGUUUAACGUACGUUUGAGGAACUAUCUGAGGUUCCUCACCAAGGAUCUCAUGAGCUUCAACAAAGUGCAGAAUGCCUCAUGUCUCACCUUCCAAAAACUGGUGUCUUUCAUGGGAAAGAACUUCACCUUCACCGGUUCAGACUUUGGACAGCCAGAUGUGUACACCACCAUCAGAAGCUACUUGGGUGCUGAAUCUGUGGCCAGAUGCUACAACGCCACAGACCCAGAUCUGAACUCCACCUCCUGGUUUGUCAACUACAUCGGCAGCUUUGUGAUAUUUAUCACUCUUGAUGAUUUCAAAAACUUUGUCAACACCUCUCAGCUGAUUGUGUUCUUGGAGGAUAAAGCUAAUCUGGAGCUCUUUAACAACGCAGCGAUCCCACAAGAUGUAACAGACUACUACAUCUUGCAGCUUUAUGAGUUCUACCCAUCCUUUGGACUCAUGAUGCUCCCAGGCUCUUUACUCUGCUCGCCUGACAUCCCAAGCUCCUUAUUUACUUCUCUUAGUGAGAACGAUACGAUGGCCAUCUUGGACAAGCUGAAGACAUUCUGCAACAGCACAGAGAAUCCUGAGAGAUCUGCAGCUCUGGCGUCCAACAUCAAGGUCUUCACAGCGCAAACGUUUGAAGACCUUGGAAAUGCGUCUUCUGGCCUGACAAACAGCCAGAUCCUGUCUGUGUCGCCUGAGGUGCUGGUUUUGUCUUUGUCCAUCCUGAGCUCAGUGAACACCUGGGGACAGGACCAGGCCAGCAACAUCAUCCACCGCAUCACCUCCUCAAGCUUUCAGAUCAACAGCGCAGCCUCUCUGGAGUCUCUGGGGACUCUUAUCAUUGGAGUUCCUUCAAAGUCAAUCAACAAUAUCUCAGCUUCUGAAGUACUCAGCGCGUCCAAGAACCCAACGCUUGUUUCCAACAUGCUGGAAGCCCCGAAGGUUGUCCAGGAGGCUUUUGUCAAAAAGAUCAUUUCUGUGGACUCCAGUCCAGCCAAAGUGGUGGAGAACGUCCCUGAUGCCUUAGCAAUGGAGAUCCCACCCUCCCUGCUGCUGUUUCCUGAGGGAACAGCCAACAUCACUGCGAUAAACAAGAAGACGUGGACCGCAGAUCAGGCCACCAUGUUUUUUGCGACGCUGGCUGAGGCAGAUUUUGACACUGAGCAACUUUCUCCAUUUGUGCUGCAAGGCUUCACAUGCGGCACGGUUAAGAAAAUGAGUAAAGCCCAAAUCAGUCAGUUGAUCCACGCCUGCAGGCCGAGGAAAGGCAGGGCUAAGGUGGAGCUGAAGGAACCUCAGCUGACCUGCAUGUACAACCUGAUCCGUGACGACCUCUCUCAGAACUUCACAGAUUAUCCUCCAGACAUGCUUCUCUACUUGGACUCCAAAAAUGUCCAGAAAGCAAACUGCAGGUCCUACUUCUCUGCCCUGGGUGCCGCAGACUUCUCUGUGGCCUCCAGCAUCUUGAACAAGGGCCCACAGAAGUUCAGGGAAGCUAGAGACUGCUUGGGGAUCAGUGGCAACAGCCUGAGCAGAGACAAUGUGGAGGUCCUGGGGAACAUGGUCUGCACUCUGAAUAGAUCCGACAUUGAGAACUCAGAUCCUCUCAUCCUGGAAAACCUCAAAGCCUGCAAAGACCUCUCUGCCAGCCAGGUGGCUGCUAUGGAAACACUGCUGCUGUCUGGGAAAACACAAUACGGAGCUGUAAACAGCUGGGACCAACAGACACUAGAGGGGCUGGGAACACUUCCUUUGUAUUUAACAAGAAACAUCUGGACACAUUUCACAGCUGCAACACAGAAAAGAUUCCUUAAGGGUUUCAUGCCUGACCUAAGGAUACAAAAAACACAGAAGUGGAAGCUCAAGAACCUGUUUUCACAGCUCACCCCUACAGCAGCAAAACGAGAAGCAGGAUGCAGCGAGGGGAACAUCACCCAGGUGACCGUCAGCGACCCUUCCUUCCCCUUUGGCUACAAUCAGCUGCAGUUUCAAACUCUGCCUGGACGUUCCCAUUCUGAAAGACAACCUCUACUCCAUCUGCCAGAAAGUGGAUGAUGAUGG